AUGAACGGGCAGGUGAGCGCCCCGGGCAGCUUCCGGACCUCGAACCCGAACCCGCUGUCCGACUGGAUGUCGGCGCUGAGCCCGCAGCUGUGGGACGUGCCCCUGAACCACCUGUCCAUCCCGGGCAGCCACGACACCAUGACCUACGGCCUCAACAGGACGUCGCCCGUGUCCCGCUCGGCGUCGCGCCUGCUGCAGGCGCUGGCCAAGGUGCUGCCCUGCCUCCUGCAGCCCGUGGUGCUGCGCUGGUCCGUCACCCAGGAGCUGGACGUCACGGAGCAGCUGGACGCGGGCGUGCGCUACCUGGACCUGCGGAUCGCCCACAUGCCCGAGGGGUCCCCCCGGAACCUGCACUUCGUGCACAUGCUCUACACCACCCUGCUGGUGGAG